CAAAAAUUGCUCCUCAAAAAAAAGGACAGGUCUGUCCUUUUUUUCAUCAGAAAAACGGCACUCUUCUUCGUUUUUUUAAUGAGCUCGAGCUCGUCCUCAUCCUCGUCCUCUUCACGCACUACACAGCCCAGCACAUUGCACGAGCAGGAACAAGCGCUCAAGAUCGAACUCAUCAAAGUGCGCUUGCAGCUGGCCAAGCUUGAAUCGAAGACGCGCAGUGGCCGACAACUUUCGAAAAGCGAAAUCAAAACCAACCGCCAGCUUCAGGCGAGAUUCGAGUAUCUUGACUGCUUCAUUGAUCAACUGCGCUUCCAGCAAGGCACAGCACAAGAAGAGGAAGCAGCAAGUGUGCGUGUAGCGCUCGCCGAAGCAGCUGCUGUUCGCCAAGUCGAGGAAGCACUCGACCGCAUCUCUCUCAGCGACGAAGCCAUGGCCGCGAAGCUCGAGUCUGCUGCCAGCAUUUUUGAGCGCCUGAAAAAACUCGCGUCUCUCAAAAUGGUACAAGGUGCAUCACUUCUCGCUGAACAACCCAUGCCGUUCCUCCACAUGCUCAAGGAGCUCUGCGAUCAAGCUGAGGACAAGAAGACUGAGAAGCGUCGCGCAGUCGAUGAGCCCAAGAAAAAAAUCAAGAAAAAGUCGCGUGUGGAGGGAGGCGAGACAUUCGCUGCUUUCCUGUCGUCGUGCAAGUACCAUACAGCCGCGCUUUCGUCUGGCACGUUCGCACUUCUGGUCGACUCACCGGACAACGCUCGUGAUGAGGACAGCAUUGUUGCUGACAUCGACUUGUCUCUCGCCACAACCGACAACCUGACUCGCCUCAACAUGCACAACCAUUACGUGCUUGGACGGCGUGUGAACAAGCUGUUCAACCUUUGGAGGAAGACGGGCAAAAACAUCAUCACGACCUAUGCGGCACACCAGCUCAGCCAACGUUUGUCUUACAGGCACGCGUGUCGUUACGUUUCCCUCUACAAGUUCCUGUCACAAUACCCACGCUUCAAGUACGUGUCCAAAGCGUGGACUACACUCGUCGACUUCAUCCCCGACAUCAAGAGCCAUUUCGAGGACGUGCCUGAGGAUCGCGCCUACUUCUCCACUCUGGGCAUUGACGCUCCUCUGCAAUGCCAGUACUCACUCAGCACCGCCGCUGGUGUUGUCACAAGUGGCGCAGUGACUGAUGACAUUCUCAGCGUGACCGAGGCGGAGCAGGGCGAGUUUGAGCGCACCAUCAUCGUUCCGACCGACGAUGAUGCGCCGCUCCCUGCUGACGAUGAUGGUGAUGAUGAUGGUGAUGAUGAAGAGGCUGAUGCUAUGGAAAUGGGGUUCUGAUUUACUUGAUUUUGUGCGCAUUUUUUCACGUUUUUUUGCGCCAAUAUAGGUUUUAUCUUUCAGGAAUCCAUUCAUUGAAUUUCUUUGGAUAACCGAUGUAUUUCACCAACAUUUCCUUCUUCCCUGCUUUUGUGCGCUUCUCCAACACAGUUUCAAUCAACCGUGGUGCAUCCAGUUCGCUUUCUUUGACGCUCUGCAACUCAGCUUCAUAAUACACACCACUCACGUCCUC